AUGAACGACCGCCUCCUCAACGAGGCCCGCGAUGCUGCACGAGGGAUCGACGAAAUCCGUGCCGGCGCACGGCAAGCAGCCGGUGCGCUGAACGACAUCGAACUGGGUAACCGCCUUCGGCAGGAUUUGCAGGCCGCUCAGGGUGACCUGGACGAUCUGUAUCGGCAGGCUGGUGACGGCGGUGCUGGUGCUGGCGAUCAGGCUGGCGGAAACUUCCUGUCCGGUUUCACUGACACGAUCGGCAACCUCGCGUCGUCGACAGGCCCUAUCGCUGGUUCGCUGCUUGGUGUCGCUGUCAUCGGUUUGACGGCUGGUGCUGCGCUCGCUGCCGCCAUUCAAGAGGGUAUGCAGCAGGAACAGAAUCAAGACCUGUUCCAGGCGCAGACAGGUGUCACCGAGGCGCAGGCCCGCAAGUUCGGUCUCGCAGCAGGUGAGUCCUACGCCGACGCUUUCGGCGAAUCGAUCGAGGGCAACCUUUCGACCGCGAAAGCCGCACUCGCGAACGGACUCCUGGACCCAGCCGCAACACAACGCGACGCCGAGAAGAUCAUCAACAGCCUCGACGGCGUCGCCACGAUCAUGGGCGAAGACAUCCCGAACGUCGCCCGCGCAGCAGGCAACGCUGUGAAGUCCGGUUUCGCAGUCGACGUGCAGGACGCUUUCGACCUGCUCGUCAAAGGCUCACAGAUGGGCUUGAAUGCCUCCGAGGAUCUGGUGGACACAGUCACUGAGUACUCGGUGCAGUUCGCGAAGGUCGGCCUGUCUGGUGCUGAAGCGUUCGGAUUGAUGAAUCAGGCUGUAAAGAACGGUGCCCGUGAUACGGAUACCGCGGCGGAUGCGAUCAAGGAGUUCGCAAUUCGGUCGAUCGAUGGGUCGAAGGCAGCAGCAGAGGCAUAUCAAGCUCUCGGCCUGAAUGCUGAAGAGAUGUCCGCGCAGAUCGCCAAGGGCGGCAUCGAGGGCUCUGAAGGUAUGGAAGAGCUACUGACCCGGAUCCGGCAGAUCGAGGACCCUCUCGUCAAGAAUGCUGUCGCUGUUGGCUUGUUCGGCACCAAGGCUGAAGACCUCGGUGACGCGAUGUACAAACUUGACCUGUCGACCGCUGUUCAGUCGAUGAAUGACUAUGAGGGUGCGGCGUGGCGUGCGAUCAACGUGAUGGGCGACAACGCCGGCACGUCGGUGCAGGGCGCGAUGAACUCCAUCAGUGUUGCGUCGGAUGGGAUGAAAGCUGCUCUUGCGCAAGCGUUCGGACCGUACAUCAAGGACUUCGCCGACAACAUCUCAAACAACCGUGCCGGUGUCAUUGAGUUUUUCAUCGAUGUCGGCAAUGGUGCGUUCGAGGGUGCGAAGGCUGUGCUCGGGUUCGUCGCUGAUGGUAUGCGUGGGCUCGCUGAGUUCGCUGGUGCCGGCGCGGACAUGUCGGUCAGCAUUCUUCGAUCGCUCGCUGACAUGGUUGGCGGUCUCGACACGCUGUCGACGGUGAUCAGCCUUGUCAUUCCUGGUUUCGAUGCGGGUGUUGGUGGCCUGUCAGACAAGCUGAAUGGGAUGGCUGACGCUGCCGAGAAGACUGGUGAGGGCAUCAAGAACGGCCUGAAUCAGGGCGCCGAUUUCGUGGACAACACGUUGGUGCCUGCUGUCGAUCAAGCUCAGAACCGUUUCAAUGAGUUCGCUGGCGAUAUGAAGUUGUCGGCGGCGUUCAACGAUGAGUCAGCGAAGGUCAACAAGGCGAUCGCUGAUAUCGGUGUUGGCGCUGAUGGUGCUGCGAUCAAGAUUGAGAACUGGACUGGUUCGAUCGAUCGCAACAAUGAGGCUCAGGUCAAGAUGGACGACGGCCUGAGAGGUAUGGCCGAUGCGCUCAGCAAUCAGAUCCGAACUGGUAUGGAAGCGGGCAAUACCGUUGAGGCGUUGACUGGGCAGUACAACGAGAACUAUGACGCUCUUCUCGGGCAGGUCAUGGCGACGGGCAUGUCCAAUCAGGCCGCAGUUGCGUACCUUGCGACGCUCGGGUUGACGCCCGAGUUCGUGGACACAACGAUCCGUCAGCCUGGCAUGCCAGAAGCCAAGUACGAGCUGGACGUGUUGAAGGGCAAGGUCAUCGAUGUCCCGGACGCGAAGACGAUCCACACGCAGGCGUUGACGCAGGAUUCAGUUGAUCAGCUUGAGGCCCUCGGGUUGAAGGUGGAAACCCUGCCAGAUGGCACUGUUCGGGUGACUGCUGAAACCGAUGAUGCUGAAGCUCGGAUGCAGGAGUGGUUGCGGCGCGACCGCAACCUGAACAUCAAAGUGAACUAUCUCGGGCUCACCGACGCCCAGGUGCGAGACUCACAGACGUACUCGCGCAAUGGUGCUGGCGGCAAGGUGCCGAUGGCUGACGGCGCUAUCCGUACGCGUGCGGACGGGAUGAUCGACACCGCGCACAUUCAGCAGGGUUCAGGGCAGGGCAUCUACACGAAGUCCCCGCUUGGGCCGGUGCAGUACGCGGAAGGUGAAACGCAGUGGGAGGCCUAUAUUCCGGGGGCGCCGUCGAAGCGGAGGCGUUCGGAGGCGAUCUUGCAGGAUGUGGCUCGCCGCUUCGGAUUCGGGUUGAUCAAACCUGACGCCAUCAAGAUGGCUGACGGUGGUGUCGUCGAGUCGUUCACCGGCAUCGCAUCCCAACACGCACCAGGACUGCAACUCACCUCGUCCUACCGGGACACCAACGACUACCACGGGCAAGGGAAGGCAGUCGACUACUCCAACGGCUCCGGCAACACCGAUGAGCAGUUGGCGUGGGCGAACUACCUCGCCGACAACUACCAGUCGCAGUUGGCGGAGUUGAUUUACUCGGAUCCGCGGUUCACUCGGAACAUCAAGGACGGGAAGAUUGUUGAUCCGUCGUUCUAUGGUGCGGCGACGAUGCAGCAGCACGAGAACCAUGUGCAUGCGGCGUCGAAGGAACCGUUGGGUGCGCCGUCUGGUGCGGGUAAGGAUGCGGCUCCUGCUGCUCCGGAUACUCGGACGGAGCGGGAGAAGAUCGCCGAUCAGGUGAUCGCGGAAGGUAAGCGUCGUGGCAUCAGCGAUAAGGGCAUCAAGGCCGCGGUCAUGACCGCCCUCGCUGAAACCGAUUUGCAGAACCUUGACCACGGCAUGGAUGGCGAUAACGCCGGCAUCAUGCAGCAGCGCGAUAACGGUGGUUGGGGCACGUUGGAGGACCGGAAGGAUCCGACUCGUGCGGCGGGCAUGUUUUACGACAAGCUCGACGACUUCGACUACAACAGCAUGUCGGAGGCUGAGGCGGCGCAGAAGGUGCAGCAGUCGGGCACUGCGGAUGGUUCGAAUUAUGCGGUGAAGGCUGCGGAGGCGGACGAGAUUAUUGCAGCGUCGAAUGCUCGCGGUAACGGUCAGAUGGCUGUUGGGACGACGGAUUCGGGUGUGGCGUUGGCGACUGAUGGGCAGCGGGUGUUUGUCACCAACUGGCCCGGUUCGUCUUCGUCGUCGUAUUCGGCGCCUGAGUCGGCUCUGUCGUCGGCGCCGGCUGGUGGUACCUCGGAUGCUGCUGGGAAGGAUCCGAACCUGAUCUGCGAUGGUGCGGAUUUGAUUCGGUUCGCGGAGAAGGGAACAGGUGGAGAGUCCUACAUUCCGCACGCCCCGUCGAAGCGGAACCGUUCAGUCGCGAUCACCCGUGAGACUGCACGCCGGUUCGGGUACGAGUUGGUGCCGAUGGCUGACGGCGGACUCACAGGGUUCGGUGGUUAUGUGGGGGAGAAGCCGGGGUUGAAGGUGCCGACGACGGCGAAUGGUCGUCGUGCUGCUGCGUAUAACGCUGCGGCGUUCGGUGUGGGUGCGGCGUUCGCGCUCGCCAGUGGCUUCGAUGCGGACGGUAAGUUCACCGGCCAAUUCGACACCAGCAGCAACUCUUCCUCCCAGUUGGAGAAGGGGCAUCUUGGAAGCCGUCAAGAACAAGGAACCCAUCCGAGCCACAGUCAACGUGGAUCAGGGCACGGGCAUGGCGAACAUCGCAAUCAUGAAGGGCGGCAUAUGAGCAGGCGAUAUGUCCUCGAAUGCGCGAACGGGACAGUGUGGGAUUUCAACGAUCCCGCCUGUCCCGUCUCGUUUCGUGUCGAGCCGACCGGCGCAGAGGGCGCGGAGUUCACCCACGAUGACCAAACGAACGUCGGGCAAGCCGGUCUGUCAUGGGUGGAUCGCAACGACGGACCUAACUACAUCGCUCUAGUCUGCAAACUCGGUCCGGUACCGAAGUCAGAUGGUCUUGCGCUAGGCAAGUUGUGGCGGCAUUCACUGGGGCGCGGCAAGGAAAUUCACAGGUACUGGUCGAUCACCGAAACGGGUGGCGAGAAGUUUCAGGAUGUGAGGCUCAACUCGAAGUUGGAGCCUCUCAACCUGACGAUGCUCAAAGAUGUCGGCUGGAUUCAGGAAGACCCUGUGUCCCUGCGGUCGGAUGAAACGUGGUGGCGGAAACGGCCCGCUAUCAAGACGUUCAAGGCAGUCGACUUCGCGACGGCAUCGAUCGAGUCGGAGUCGGAUGAGGCGGUGUGGCCGCACAUCGUCAUCACUGGCCCCAUCACGCUUCCGAAGAUCGGGUGGCAGGGCGAACUCGUUCCGCUGCCGACCAUCGCAGCUGGCGACGUGUGGACCAUCGAAACCGAUCCGAACUGGUUCUCCAUCAAAGACGGCGCUGGCAACGAUCGGUCAUGGAUUGCUCGCGCUUGGUACAAGCAGAUCCCCGGUGAUCCGGACGGUCCGAUCACGGUUCCCAUCACGAUCCAAGGCACAGGCACCAACACCAACACAUCGAUGACUGUCGCCGCCCCUGGAUAUCCGCGCCCGAACACGACCGAGGUCAAGGGCUGGCAGAUUGAGGUGGGGUCGCCGGAUGGUCGGUCGUGGCGGCCGCUGGGUGCGUACAUGGCGGGCACCGGGUUCGAAUGGGAUUGGGCGAUCCCGACUACCGGAGAAAUCUUCAUCAAAGGUAACCACCCUCUGGCGUCGUACCUAUCGCGGCCACGUCGCAAGGUGAUCUUGAUUCGUACGUGGCGCAACGGAAUACCGUGGACAGGCCGCGUGAUGGAGGCGCAGGUUUCCGGCCCACCCGGGCGCCUCACCAUCAAACUGACCUGCAUCAGCCACCUGUUCAAACUGUUGCGGGCGUUGGCAUGGGUGAACAACACGACGCCGCCCGAGUUCCAGCUGAACAUCACCGGCAAACAGGACAUCGACUGGGGACCGCCAGAUCAGGUGCUCAAAAAAGUUUGUGUCCAAGCAUUGCCGAUCCGGCGCACCACCCCCGACCUACCGGACCUUGAUGAUGUGGACACGUUGGACGACAUGAUCAACAUCGUCCACGAGUCGCCCGACGACAUGAUCAUCCUGGCGGCACGCUUCACGCAGCUUGACGAACUGUUCAAGCAGACAGUCGAGACCCAGGAGAUUGGGUUGUCGUUGGAUUUUUGGGAACCGUCGAUGGGCCCGAGCCCUCAGGUCUUCAAUACGCACACGUUGGCGAUGUUGCAGUCGGUGAUGGAUUACACGUCCGACAACUUCCUGAACUUCACGAACCCCGGCAACAUCUUGGGGCUCACGAAUCCGUCGGAGUGGGGGAAGCUGCAAAACCCUGGAUUCAUCUUCAACACCCACGCGAAGCGGGACCGCCGGCAGUAUCAGUGGCGCACAGAUUCAGAUCAAAUCGCAUUCAUACGCCGCACGGAAAAGUCUUGUGAUGCAACGCGGGUGGCGAUCGGCGGCAAGGCGCCCGAGAUUUUGAACCAAGUUAUCGAGUGGGGAGCCAACUUUGCCCUGCAAUUGAUCUUGAACGCCAUCCUCCCGGGGCUCGGUCUGGGCAACAUCAUCGGCGACUUGUUCGAUGACAUCUUCUUCGCGUUUCAACAGUUCUGGGAUCCCGAGCUCGAAGCUGAGUUGGGGGAGUUGGGUCGCGGUGAGGCGUUCGGGGACAACACUUCCGCGUGGUCGUUGGACGCGUUUGCUGUCGGUCAAGCCGCACUGAAGGCGCAUUCCGGUAGCGAGGCGAUCGAACUGACCAUCGUUGACGGUGGCGCAGAUGGUCGUGGUUUCACGUUCGGCGCGGACAUCGAAGUGAUUGACGGCGUGGAAGUUCAGUUCGAGCGCCGCUACAAGGUGGGCGACAUCAUGACCGUUUGGGAUGACGGUGUGGUGAUCGAGAAGCACGUGUCGAACGUGAAGAUCACUGAGCAGGAAGACGGCCGCAUGCGGACUGUCACCACGUUCGGUGACGCAAUCACUGUUGGGGAGGGCUGGGAACGCGUCCUCAACAAGGUCCAAACGAUCUUCGGCAGCAUCCGCGCUAUCGCCAACUCAACC